CUCUCCAAAAAGUCUCCUCUCUCUCUCUAACAUUUUUUCACGCACAAAAACACACACACACACAACACACACUUCACACACAGAGUGAAAAACACGCUAGAGAGAGAAACAUGGCUGCCACCUCCAUUUCAUCCGCCGCGAACAAGCUCACGAACCAAACGCCGUCGUUUCAGCCUCAGGAGAAAAACUCACAUUCUUCCCCCACCUGUCUCUCCUUCUCCAAUUCCUCCAUUUCUCUACAGAAGCUCUCCUUCUCCACCAAUUUCACGAAUCCGAAUUCCCGCAGCUCUACGGCCAUCAAUGUUCUAAAGACGGCGGAGGCAUCCGAAUCUGUUUCCAGGACCCGGGAUCCGGAGCCGGUUGGCAAAUCGACGAAGCCUACUAUCCUGGUCUCCGAGAAACUCGGAGAAGCCGGGCUCGAUCUGCUGCGGAGCUUCGGCAACGUUGAGUGUUUGUACAGCUUGUCUCAGGAGGAUUUGUGCGCGAAGAUCUCGGAGUGCGACGCGCUGAUUGUGCGGAGUGGGACGAAGGUGACCCGCCAGGUGUUUGAAGCUGCCAAGGGGAAGCUGAAGGUGGUCGGUCGCGCCGGAGUUGGGAUUGACAACGUGGAUCUGCAGGCGGCGACGGAGUUCGGGUGCUUGGUGGUGAAUGCGCCGACGGCGAACACCAUUGCGGCGGCGGAGCAUGGAAUUGCUUUGCUCGCUGGUAUGGCGAGGAAUGUUGCGCAGGCUGAUGCUUCCAUGAAAGCUGGAAAAUGGCAACGUAAUAAAUACGUUGGUGUUUCUCUGGUUGGGAAGACAUUGGCUGUAAUGGGAUUCGGUAAAGUUGGAUCCGAAGUCGCGAGACGUGCGAAAGGACUUGGAAUGCAUGUCAUUGCCCACGACCCAUAUGCACCAGCUGAUAGAGCACGUGCUCUUGGUGCUGAGUUGGUUUCUUUCGAUCAAGCCAUCUCCACUGCAGACUUCAUUUCUCUCCACAUGCCUCUUACCCCUGCAACUAACAAGAUACUUAACGACGACACUUUCGCAAAGAUGAAGAAGGGAGUGCGCAUCAUAAACGUUGCCCGUGGUGGUGUCAUAGAUGAAGAUGCUUUAGUGAGGGCCCUUGAUAACGGAAUAGUUGCCCAGGCAGCGCUUGAUGUGUUCACAGUGGAACCCCCACCUCAAGAUAGCAAGUUAGUGCAACAUGAGAAUGUCACAGUUACUCCACAUCUUGGAGCUAGCACAAAGGAAGCACAGGAAGGAGUUGCAGUUGAAAUAGCAGAGGCCGUUGUCGGUGCACUCAGAGGAGAGCUUUCUGCAACUGCAGUAAACGCUCCAAUGGUUCCUCCCGAGGUCUUGUCUGAACUAGCUCCUUACGUAGCUCUGGCUGAAAAACUCGGUAGACUAGCUGUACAGUUAGUUGCCGGAGGGAGUGGAAUCCAAUCAGUGAAGGUGGCGUACAGCUCAGCCCGGGACCCGGACAACCUAGACACCAGACUUCUCCGAGCCAUGAUAACAAAAGGCAUAAUCGAGCCGAUUUCAGACGCUCACAUUAACCUUGUAAAUGCAGACUUCAUAGCCAAGCAGAAAGGCCUUCGAUUAAGUGAGGAGAGAGUCUUUGUUGACUCUUCCCCAGAAAACCCUAUCGAGUCAAUUCAGGUACAGAUAAGUAACGUUGGUUCGAAAUUCGCUAGCGCGUUAUCGGACAAUGGGAACAUAAGUGUUGAGGGGAAAGUGAAGUACGGGGUACCCCAUUUAACACGCGUGGGGCCCUUUAGCGUUGAUGUGAGUUUGGAGGGAAAUCUGAUACUGUGCCGACAAGUUGACCAGCCUGGAAUGAUUGGUCAAGUCGGAAGUAUUCUUGGAGAGAGUAACGUGAAUGUUAGCUUUAUGAGUGUGGGGAGGACUUUGAAGAGGACAAAGGCUGUUAUGGCAAUUGGGGUUGACGAAGAACCCGACAAGGAGACUCUCAAGAAGAUCGGUGAAGUUGCUGCAAUCGAAGAGUUUGUGUUUCUUGAUCUUUAAAAAAGCUCGAUUUUUAUAUUCAAUUAUCGCUGUUAUUUCAAAAUAAAAGACGUUGGCAGCUGAGAUUUCACUAAGUCGUUCGUGUUCGUGUUGUAUUAGAGGAAAAAUGGUUUAUUGUUACUACUAUAUAGUUGUGUGUGUGGAAACAUGUUUGAUGCUUCCACUUUCACAUAUGAUGUGUGGUGGUUUAUAUUACUAGGUUAGGGAGUAGUGUUGUAUUAUUGCUUAUGGGGUGUAUUUUGUUUUUGUUGUUGUUGUGUUGAAAAUGCACUCUUGAAUUGUUUUUUGGAUUUAUUGAGUUUGCUACUAUACUAUGUUAUGUUAGCAAUAUUUUGAGC